GUUUUUUUGUCAGCAGAACCGGUGAGUGUGUGUGUGGAGGCUGAGCUGUUCUCAAUAAACCAAAAUAUCCGAGCACGUGCCAGCGGGAAGUCCAUUGAGGCUCCUUUUAUUUAAAGCUACGCAAGGUCUCAUUCAAUGGGGUGCCAACUGACUGUUGAGCCACCAGACUCAUGUUUUACAGCUGACGUCAGGCAGGGGGAAAUGACGGGUGUUUUAAAGGGUAAAAAGUGUGAAGGAGUACGCGUAAGAGCCGUCCGUGUGUGUUUGGAAACGCGUCCCGCAUCUCGAGGAUGGCUAAUGACGACGACUGCUAUCUCCUGGAAGAUGCGCAGUUUUUGCAGGCGGAUGAAUGAGUGACUGUUCUAGAAAUUUCCCCCCACCACUUAGGUGCAGUUGGGACUACUUGCCUGACCGUGGUAGACUGGUGUCGCCCUCCUCUCUGUAUUCACAAAGGCACUCUCAGGCUGUCAGGCACAUCUGGCCAUUAAUUAAAGCAGCAUUGUCCUGUACACUAACUAUCCAUUAUACCACUGCUCUCCACGAUGGCGUCAGUCGGCCUUUGCUCCAAAGCCCUUGAUCUCUUAUUGUGUUAUUAGACAUUUAAAGCAGAGGUGGCACAUUUGGUGUCUCCCUGUAGGCUGCUGUGACCGUUGCCAGAGAGCGACAUUCAUUUAAAAUCCGGCUGCGCAAAGUAAGCUGCUCAGCACAAGUUUAGUCCUUAACGACUCCUUAAAUAAAUUGCAGCUUCUGUUUAUCCUCAGGGUUUAUAUAUUUUAUUGUAAUUCAUAUUCCCAAUGUGGUAUUGGCACAUGCCAGGACACGUUUGUCUUGGCGUGCUUCUCUGCUGUCAAGUAACUGCUAUGCACUUGCACAUUAGACCUUCUUAGAUAGGUCUUGGCUUAGAAACAUAAAAAAAACUUUAACUACACGGAUUUAUUAAUGUGUUAUGCAUGUGCUAAAGUCUGCCCCGUGGGAUUAUUUAAACCCAUGAUGUCAGUAUGUGGGAGCAUGCUGAGCGAGUCCCCAUCCUGGCAUACCGGGGUGAUGGUGAUUGAGCUUGACUCUUGCAUUAAAUAAUGAUAUUGCAAAUACAAUUCUGUUUGUCUGCUGAAUGAAUGAAUGCUAUAUUUCAGAGUCAGAGUCUCAUGGGCAGUUUGUGCUGAACACAUGGAGCGCAGGCCUUGAUGAUGAGAUGGUAAAAUGAAAACAAAGGCUUCUUUUACAGAGAGGGAUGGUUAUGCAUAAAGCAUGGUUGUGAAGUCCGAUGCGUGGGGUUAUUUUCUCCCAUGCAUGGCAAGCUGAAACCUCAGGAGGGGCCUGGCAGCCAAGUGUGUGUUUGUAUGUUAGUGUGUGUAUGUGUAUGUGUGUAUGAGACUGACACAAAACAGAUGUGCUCUGACAUCCCCUUGCGUAUUACUUUUUGCUGACACAAGAAUUUUAUUUUAAUCCAUCAGUCUUGUAAUCUUAUGUUCCUGCAGAAUUUGGAAUAUUUAGCAUAUGCAGAAUGCAGUUAGCUAUAAACUUUUAGUGGCUCAACUUUUGGUGCAGUUAAAUGUCCUUCUAAUUUCAGGAGUGGAAUAUGACGAUGCCAGUUUAACAGAUUCAGGAAUUUUAACUCUUGGCUUUUCUAGACCAGAGACGUGCAGCAUCCUCCGCUUAAAAACUAGAACGACCUCAGUGCCAGUGGAUAACCCCAUCCAAGUAGUGUAUUUGACCAGACAGUGGAUCUUAACAACUUCCAUCCAGACAGCAAACCAAAGCACAACAUUUCCAUUCCCUUUUUUUUUUUAAAACAAGUGUAAAAUAGCUAUAUUUCCAUUUUUCUUUGUUUUCUUUUGUUUUUUGAAAGUUUCCUGUAAUACAUUUUUUAACAUAAUCUGUAAAAAAUGGCUGGUGGAAUGGAAGCAGCAGACAUAUCUGUGGUGGCACUGUAUUUCGUCCUGGUGCUAGCCAUCGGGUUUCUUGCCAUGUGGAAAGCCAAUCGCAGCACUGUGAGCGGCUACUUCCUGGCUGGACGCUCCAUGACGUGGAUUGUGAUAGGUGCCUCGCUGUUUGUUAGCAACAUUGGCAGUGAACAUUUCAUUGGCCUGGCUGGGUCAGGAGCAGCAAGUGGCUAUGCUGUAGGAGCGUGGGAAUUUAAUGCACUUCUACUUCUGCAGCUGCUUGGCUGGGUGUUUAUCCCUGUGUAUAUCCACUCGGGAGUCUACACCAUGCCAGAGUACCUAUCAAAACGCUAUGGUGGCAAACGACUCAAGGUUUACUUUGCUUUCUUGUCUGUGCUGCUUUACAUUUUUACCAAACUGUCUGUGGACUUGUAUGCUGGAGCUCUCUUUAUUCAGGAGUCCCUUGGAUGGAAUCUCUAUUUGUCUAUUGUUCUGCUUAUCAGUAUGACUGCUCUGCUCACUGUCACUGGUGGAUUGGUGGCAGUGCUCUACACCGACGCCCUUCAGGCAGUGUUGAUGAUCAGUGGAGCCCUCACCUUAACCAUCAUGAGCCUGAUCAAAGUCGGUGGGCUAGAGGGUGUCAGAACUAAGUACAUGCAGGCAGUUCCUAAUGUUACCGCUAUACUAGCCACUGGAAACUACACAUACUCGCCUUCAUGUCGCAUUGACCCUAAACCAAACUCGCUGCGCAUCCUUCGAGGUCCCCUGGAUGAAGACAUUCCUUGGCCAGGUUUUAUUUUUGGCCAGACGCCUGCAUCUAUUUGGUACUGGUGUGCGGACCAGGUCAUUGUCCAGAGAGUACUGGCAGCAAAAAACAUUGCUCAUGCAAAGGGCUCAACACUCAUGGCUGGAUUUCUCAAAAUCCUGCCCAUGUUUCUAAUAGUCAUUCCAGGAAUGAUAUCCCGCAUCUUGUUUGCAGAUGAGAUUGCCUGCAUCGGGCCGGAGCACUGCAUGGCUGUUUGUGGUUCCCAAGCUGGCUGCUCAAACAUUGCCUACCCGCGUCUGGUCAUGGCGGUGAUGCCUGUGGGACUCAGGGGUCUUAUGAUGGCAGUCAUGAUAGCUGCCCUGAUGAGUGACCUUGACUCGAUCUUCAAUAGCGCAAGCACCAUCUUCACCUUGGACAUCUACCAGACCUUUCGGACGAAGGCAUGCCAACGCGAACUGUUGAUUGUGGGCCGCUUGUUUGUUGUGGUCAUGGUGGUCAUCAGUAUUGCCUGGGUGCCUGUCAUUAUUGAGAUGCAAGGUGGACAGACGUACCUCUACAUCCAGGAAGUUGCUGGCUACCUCACUCCACCAAUUGCUGCCCUUUUCCUUCUAGGUGUAUUCUGGAAGCGAUGUAAUGAGAGAGGUGCAUUCUGGGGAGGCAUGACGGGUUUUACCCUAGGUACCAUACGACUGAUCCUGGCAUUUAUCUACCGCCAGCCUCGCUGUGACCAGCCAGAUAAUAGGCCUGCCUUCGUUGUUCGAAUUCACUACAUGUAUUUUGCUGCUGGGCUGUUCUGGAUUUCAGGGUUGGUGGCAAUUGUGGUCAGUCUCUGUACUUCUCCACCAGAUAAGGAGCAGGUUCGCACCACCACCCUCUGGGGGCUCUACAGCAUUGAACCGACUCCCCCUAAGAACAGAGAGGAAACGUACCGGCUGACUGAGAAGAACCACUUUAAUGGUGACACAAGCCUGCGUAAAGAGCUGCCCCCAGACGUUAAAAAAGAGAGGUGCGUGGACGGGAUGGAUAUCAAACUUCUGGUCCCUUCCACAGACCAUGACCCAGCAACACCAAGUACAGAAACGUCCCCUGCCACCACUCCUGGAGCCCAGAUUGGUAACAGAAAUAUGGAGACAAUCAGAGCUGAGGAAGGCUGCCGCAGUGGUGCGGAGACGAGCAGGUGCAUGCGUUUGCUGGACUGGGUUUGCGGCUAUAAGGGAGAAUCGCAGAGCGCUCAGCAAAAAGGGGCGAAGGAGGACGCGAGAGCUAUCGCAGAGAUGCUGUACGAGCCCCCUCGAGUCAAACUUCUCCUCAACCUGGGCUUGGUCUUAGUCUGCUCUGUGGGCAUCUUCAUGUUUGUUUAUUUUUCACUGUAGUCAAACCCUACACUGAAGUAACAAGGACCGAGUGGGGUGGGAGGUGUCUGGGGCUUUUAGAAAGAGUUGACUUUUCAGAGAUGUAUGAAGCUCUGUCUGUAAUAUUUACAGUUGUAUUUUGUAGCUCUCUAACAGGGAUCUAAGCUUAGUGUAAUCAUUUUUUUAAAUGAUGAAAACUUCUCCACAUUUAAAAAAAAAAACAAAACAAAAAACUAUGACUUCUCUAUGACUCUGAAUCUUAUUUGACACUAGCGUGUCCAUUUUGUACAGCGCUUAUUGUUAAUCCUGCAUUCAAAAUAUCUACUGGGAUUUUUAGAAUUAUUGUACUCUAAGUGAAUUCAAUAUUUGCCUUAUUUGACAUAUGCACUUGUCUUUUUUUGUAUUGUGAAAAUAAAUGUAUUCUGUGAUUUUUUUUAAAAUUUUUUUAAUUUUUUUUUUAUUUUACUCUUGUUCUCAGUGACUGUAGGCUUAGUUGCUGGUGUAGCAUACAUAUAUUGGAUAUUAACAAAUAUCCGUUUAUUUUUAAUUUUUUCUUUUUAUUUGUUUGGUUGAGGGGCCAUUAUGAACUGGAAAAAAAAAAAAGAGUUAAUGCUGCGAAGCAUUGCAUUCGCUGCUGGUAUUGCAUAUUACCAUUAUAUUUAUUGUGGUUGUUAUAUCUGUUUGAUUUAGCCUACUGAAGCUGUUGCAUCUAAAUUUAGUGAAACUUACAGAUAAUAUUUAAUAUUUUAAUAUAUACAUCUUUUGCAGUACAGAGAGAAAAGAGAGAGGAGAAAGAAGCACAAGACUAAUAAUGUUGUUAUUAUCGCUACUAUAAUUUCCCCUUGCAAUGAAUAACGUAAUGUAAAUGGUACAUUUGAAUUGGCUGUUUACUAUGUCGUCACUGAUGACCUAAAUCGGGGCAUAACUGGAGCUGUCCUGCUAUUUUUAUUUUACUACAUUUCCUAGUAGUGUGUUUUCUUCUUUGUUUUCAUUACUUUCAUUGUUAUUUUUAUCUUUCGGUGACUGUAUUGUGUUGAAAGUUUAUGCACUAAUAUUGUAUCGUAACAAAAAGUCACAAGUACCAACAGUCAUGAGUUUAUCCGAUUGUGUUUUUUGUUCUACAUUACUGAAAUGUGUCUCUAUUGCAUUGUGUCCACAUUGUGUACAAUAUACUUCAGGGCUCACUGCAUCACCUACAAUGUACAUUUAUCUGUUGUGUAUCUACUGUGUGUUAAUGUAUUUCUAGUGCACUGCAGUGCUGAAAUGUCAUAUAAUCUUGUUUGAAGUGCAUCUUUUAUAAACCUCCUACCGAAUGUGUCUUAGUGUGCAAUGUUAAAGUGACAAAACAUCGACGAACACAGACUUUAAGUUUUUUUAAGUACUGAAACUUUGUGCAGUAAAUACCACAUUUCUUUCUUUCUUUUUUUUUUUUUAAAGCCAUUUUCAGGAUUUUGUUUUUCUGUCAUGUAGACUGUUUUAGUUAGCAUUAGCAGAUAAUGCUAAGCAGAAAUGAUAUUUCAGACAUUUGUUGACAAAGUAGCACUUUACUGGACGAGCUUACUCGUGACAUUAUUGAGAGUAAUUCAGCCAGGGUGCUUGAAAUCAUUGGCCUUCUAGAUUGUGGUCAUUAUUCCCACAGUGUAACGUGUUCACGCAUCAACACCUCAUCCCCAGAAUACAAAAAUAAACGAAAAGUACUGUGUUUGUAUGUA